AUUUUAAAGAUAGAAAUGAGUGGUCCAGAAACCGUAAAACCGGUACCUGAGGCUCCUCCUAACCAAGGAAAGAAAACACCAAGGGAUUUUCUGAAAAGUGUCAUCGGAAAACCAGUCGUUGUGAAACUAAAUUCAGGCGUUGAUUACCGAGGUGUGUUGGCAUGUCUUGAUGGCUAUAUGAAUAUUGCAUUGGAGCAGACUGAAGAAUACGUCAAUGGACAGCUGCGCAACAAAUACGGGGACACAUUUAUUCGUGGUAACAAUGUUUUGUACAUCAGUACUACAAAGCGAAGAUGAGAGGAGACACAUAAACGUUUACAUUGAUUUUUUUUUGCUUACCCUUGCUUUAUUGAAUUCAAUUUUUUUUCUGC